AACACCAAGGCACAAGAGGUUUUUGAUUCAUUCAUCUCCACCCCUGAAAAAGAGCUUGGCAUGAAGACUGAAAAGAUCGACAUGACGGCAAUCCUGCAAAAGUCGGACAAUCCCUACAUCAACACAGUAGCCAUGACUGAGUCUCUCUUUUCCACGGCAGAUCUCAUUGCCCGCUGGAAUGCUACCUACCCAGACGCAGAAUUCUCACCCUUCGACCUCGAGACACGCAACGGCUUCAUCAAUCAUGGCACAUUCAAUCAGUCAGCUUAUGAUGGGGUGAUCAAACACAAGGAAGAGUUUGCUGCUUUUGCCAAGAAAGAGAUCCUCCACCCUUCUAAGAAGACCUGCUCCGAGUCCAUCAGGAUUCUUGAGUCUGGCGCCAGCGGGCUGCCGUCCUACCGCGAGGAGUUCCUCAAACACGAAGAAGGUACUGGUUUCCAUUACAUGACGGAUCCCAAACAGUGGCUGAACCCCCUACUUCUCUCACCACUUCUCUCGGCUCCGCAGAUUGGCAUCCCCAUUGGCCAGGUCGACUACAAGAGUGUCACCAGCUUGCAAACCGAGAAGUUGCCCAUUGUGAUGGGUUUGAUGACGUAUCCUGGUUGA